AUGACGGACUCGUUCCCGAGCGCCCUGACCGGGCCAUCUUCAAAGGAGAGGAAGUAUGAUCGACAGCUCCGGCUAUGGGCGGCCAGUGGACAGCAGGCACUCGAAGAGUCCCGUGUCCUCUUGGUUAACUCGGACGGCCCCAUUGACAAGCAGAAGACGACGGUAUCGGGCGUUGUGGGUGUUGAGACGCUGAAGAACCUUGUUCUUCCCGGCAUUGGGGGCUUUACGAUCGUGGAUCCUGCAUCCGUCACGGAAUCGGAUCUGGGGGUCAACUUUUUUCUAGAAGAGCAGAGCCUCGGGAAGUCGAGGGCAGAGGAAACUUGCCGACUGCUGAAGGAGCUAAAUCCAGAUGUAGAGGGGACUUUCUCGACCACGCCGAUUGCAGAGCUCUUGCAAGACACAAAGUUUCUCCCGGCGUUUCGGCUGGUGCUUGUUUCCGGGCCUGUCAAAUGCUCAUCUCUGGACCUGCUCUGCAAUGCCUCCCGCGAACUCGGGAUCCCGGUUUUGUAUACCCACUCUGUCGGCUUCUAUUCCACAUUUUCGCUCCAGCUGCCCGCAGAGUUUCCCAUAGUAGAAACACACCCCGACCCUGAGACAACUCAGGAUCUUCGGCUUGCAAAUCCAUGGCCAGAGUUGCUGGAGGCAGGAGCCCGUGUCAGGGAUCUUGACACGCUGGAUGAUCACCAGCACGGCCACGUCCCUUACGUUCUACUUCUCCUCCACUACCUGGAGCAAUGGAAGGAGACUCACGAAGGCAAUGUCCCAUCAAACUAUAAGGAGAAGACCGAGUUCAGAGAGAUGGUACGAGCGGGAGCAAGAACCAACAACCCAGAGGGCGGCGAAGAGAACUUCGACGAAGCAGUGGCGGCCGUACUCAAAUCUUUGAACCCCUUCAGCCUGCGCAGCAAUAUCCGCGAGGUGUUUGAAAUGGAAGAAUGCCAGAAGCUGCGGGCAGAUUCGGCCAGUUUCUGGGUGAUAGCAUCCGCUGUGAAUGCCUUCUAUCAGAUGCACCGCGUGCUGCCGUUGCCAGGCUCAUUGCCAGACAUGAAGGCUCAGUCAGCAGACUAUAUCUCUCUGCAGAACAUCUACAAAUCUAAAGCUAGAAAAGACCUGGAAGAAGUUACAGAGACAGUGAGAAGGAUCGAGGGCAGUUUUGGUGCAAAGCGGUCGCCCAUUCCUGAAAAGGAGAUCGAAGUCUUUUGCAAAAAUGCAGCGCACAUCAAGCUUAUUCGGGGUCGUAAUAUUCCGCGAAUUGAUCGAGAUGUCACUGUCCAGAGCUCGGUUCGAAUGGCCCUGGGCAUUCCCGAAUCGCUUGCUCCCAUUUCCAUUGCAUUCCAGAUUCUCGACGCAGUCGUGGAUCAGCUCCAGGAGACAGGAUCAACUGUGGCUUCUAUUGACGAUAACGAGACCUGGGAUAAGCAAACCCAACGCAUUAUCGGUGUUCUGAAGGCUGAAGACCCGGAAUAUGUUGACGAGGAAGUGGAGGAACAGAUCAAGAACGCCACUCAAGAAUUGCGGCGUACGAAAGCAGGCGAACUGCAUAAUAUCUCCUCGCUGACGGGAGGUUUGGUCGCCCAAGAGGCACUCAAGGUACUUACACGCCAAUACGUACCUCUCGACAACACCUGCAUCUUUGAUGGUGUGAAGAGCCGUAGUGAGAUGCACCGAUUAUAG